AUGUUGGGUCGCAUUUUGAGGCCGGUUAGGCUGGUGAGGGGGGUGAGCAGGGUUGCGCGGGGCAGGGUGUUGCAGACGGCCAGGUGGCAAAGGGCCAGGUGGCAGGUGGGGUCUAUUAGAGGUGUGCAUGGUGGUGGUGGUGGCGACACCUCGUCAUCGCUCUUUGGGCGUGUACGGUGGCUCUUGAAAAGAUCGUACAAGCCGUUCAACGUGGAUGACUUCAGCGCGAUCUUCUCCUGGUUGCUCGUCUCUCACGCUGUGCUGUUCGUAGUGUCGACGACGACGUUCGCGUCAUUGUUCAUAUACACGAUGAACACGGUUUCCGCACAGGAGUGGCUUGCCCAAAAAGUGGGGAACUUCGUUACGAAGAACACACCGACAACAGUCAUCUUCGAACACGCCAUCGUGCCCUUCUGGUGGUCACACAAGAUCGCAUUCACAAACGUGUUUGUAUCAAGAAGACCAGAGAGCCACAGGGGUACACCGGAACAACGGUACGGGGUCGUCAAGGGGUCCCAGAGCGAGGCCGUCCAGCGUGCGAGACUCGCACUCAGCGAGAAUUUGCUCGUCAGCGAACAGGAGUUUGACGACGGGAACUACACGCAGUUCGACCUCACUAUCGAUAAAGUGGAGAUCUCGCUCAGUUUCACCAAAUGGCUCAAUGGCGGUGGGAUAGUCGAUGAAGUGUCCAUUAACGGGCUCCGUGGAGUAGUCGACAGGACACACCUUAAAUGGUCUCCGGGGGAUGACCCAGCAAACUACAAGAACAUACACCAGCCGGGGGAUUUCGAGCUCUCGAGAUUCCAAUUGGACGACGUCCUCUUCACACUGUACCAGCCGAACGGGUUCAGGCCGUUCCAAGUGAGCAUCAUUAACUGUCAGCUGCCGAGGCUGCGGAAACACUGGCUGCUCUACGAUAUACUGAACGCGCACUCAGUCAGUGGCACUUACGACAACUCCAUGUUCACCAUCCACAAGAAACUGCUCUGGGCCAAGGACUCACUCGAACCAAGAAUGGUCACACAGUUGCGCGUCGAUAACCUCGAUAUAGACCACCUGAAUGCCGGGAUCGAAGGUCCCUUUGGCUGGAUCACAGAAGGCCGCGUCGACAUGACGGGCAACGUCCACUUCCCGCAGCAGGAUCUGACAACGACACCUUGGACGGACGCUGUCAUCGCCAAAUUGAGGCAAGUACGGGGCCAAACUACACACAUGGCUUCAAAAGGGGACCAUGCAGAUUCGCAAUCGGAUAAGAUCAUGGUGGACUUUUCACUUAGACUGAAGAACAUCAGGGCAGAGGUGCCCUUGUUCACGAGACAACUCACGUACGCAAACAACGCUCUGAUAAGACCCAUUGUCGGGUACAUGAACUCGAGGCGCACGUACAUCCCGAUUAACUGCGAAGUGACAAAAUCCGUCACGGACUUCAUGGGCUCCUGGACAAUCUACGACUCGCACCUCAUACAGGACCUCGGCGUGCAAGUCUACGACUCGUUCGCACAGUACGUGGCUGACGACGAACAGCGCUCGAUAAGAGUGCGAAGAGUCACUUUUUGGUCUCUCCAGCUCAUGUUGCAAGUUGUUCUCAUGGCACUGGGUGCCAUCGCAUAA